GCUGCAGCAGGCGGCAUGGCAGCCGGCUCGGCGGCCGGUUGGAAUAUGGACGAACUGUAUCAACAGACUGAACUGCCCGGCUUGACACGCAACGCCCACCACCUGCUGCGCUUCACGCCCUACGCGCUGCACCAUCGGCCGCAGCUGCAAACGCUGCCACCUGCGCUCUACUUGCAACAUGCGGCAGCCGCGGCGGCGGCAGCAGCAGCGGCCGCUGCAGCGGCACAUGCCCAGCAUCAUCAUCAUCACCAUCACCAUCAUCAGCACAGAGCCGCCUCGCCGGAGAGCCCGCCGCCCGUGGAGGGCACACACAUCAGCAAUCUGUUCCCGGAGCUGCUCGAGCAGAUCUUUGAGCAUCUGCCGGUGCGGGACUUGGGGCGUGCGGCACAGGUGUGCACCGCCUGGCGGGAUGCGGCCUAUGCGAAGAGCGUGUGGAAGGGUGUCGAGGCCAAGCUGCAUCUGAAGCGCUCCAGUCCGAGUCUGUUCAAUUGCCUGGUGCGACGCGGCAUUAAGAAGGUGCAGAUCCUGUCGCUGCGACGCUCGCUCAAGGAUCUGGUGCUGGGCGUGCCGGCGCUGACAUCGUUGAAUCUCAGCGGCUGUUUCAAUGUGGCCGACAUGAAUCUGGGACACGCGUUCAGCGUGGAUCUGCCCAAUCUGAAGACGCUGGACCUGUCGCUCUGCAAACAGAUCACGGACACCAGUCUGGGCAGGAUUGCGCAGCAUCUGAAGAAUCUCGAGACGCUCGAGCUGGGCGGCUGCUGCAACAUAACCAACACGGGCCUGCUCCUGAUCGCGUGGGGCCUCAAGAAGCUGCGCCAUCUGAAUCUGCGCUCCUGCUGGCACAUCAGCGACCAGGGCAUCGGCCACCUGGCCGGCUUCAGUCGCGAGACAGCCGAGGGCAAUCUGCAGCUGGAGUAUCUGGGCCUGCAGGACUGCCAGCGGCUGAGCGACGAGGCGCUGGGUCACAUAGCACAGGGUCUAACCUCACUAAAGUCCAUCAAUCUGAGCUUCUGCGUGUCGGUGACGGACAGCGGACUGAAGCAUCUGGCGCGCAUGCCCAAGCUGGAACAGCUGAAUCUGCGCUCCUGCGACAACAUCUCCGACAUUGGCAUGGCCUAUCUGACGGAGGGCGGCAGCGGCAUCAAUUCACUGGACGUCAGCUUCUGCGACAAGAUCAGCGACCAGGCGCUCACCCACAUCGCCCAGGGCCUGUACAGGCUGCGCUCGCUGAGCCUCAACCAGUGCCAGAUAACGGAUCAGGGCAUGCUGAAGAUUGCCAAGUCGCUGCACGAGUUGGAGAAUCUCAAUAUUGGCCAGUGCAGCCGCAUCACGGACAAGGGCCUGCAGACGCUUGCCGAGGAUCUGUCCAAUCUGAAGACCAUCGAUCUCUAUGGCUGCACACAGCUCAGCUCGAAGGGCAUCGACAUCAUCAUGAAGCUGCCCAAGCUGCAGAAGCUCAAUCUGGGCCUCUGGCUGGUCAGAUGAUGCGUUCACCAUGACUGCAAUGCCUGUGCCGCCGCCGAGGCAGAGAAGUCGGCGCAGGCUAACGCUUAGGAUGCCGCACACUCUGUCUGUGUCCGUGUGUGUGUGUGUGUGUGUGUGUGCGUGUGACUUUUGUGACUUUGGCUGCGUCUUCUACUUCUUUUUGACUUUCGUCUUCCUACUCGUCUCCUUCUACCUGCGUGCCGUGUUGCAUGUCUGACGUGAAGGCAAGGCACGUAAUUACACACACCAGCACACACCCCAACACACACGCACACACACACACAUUCGGAGUUGGGCAGACAACUAAGUUAAAAAAAAAAACAAAAAAACAACAAGAUACACUGAAAACUCAUAGCUUUCGUUUGCCAUACCACACGCUGUACUAAAUUUUUUCGUACGAAUCGAGUAGAAAACGAAACAGCAAAAGCAACAGCAGAGACAGAGCGCAGGCGAGCGAGCCAACGAUGAAGGAGGGAGUGUGGGGGAGAGAGAGAGAGGCAGAAAACAACAAACGCCAACAACAAAAAGCAAA